AUGAACUCCUCGAGGACUGGCUCCUCGCGGUCCAGUUCAGAUGGAUCUCAGGUCGGAUUGCUGAACGAGAAGCACGAAUUCGACUCCAAUGGACAAAAGGCGACAACGCGUCUUCGGGCCAAGAUAGGUCCCUCUCGCCCGGUCCCAAAGAUCACAUUGUGCCUGUUUGUUCGAUACCUUGUUAAACUCCUGGGUCAACUGUUCAACCUCUUUAUGCCGAGCUUUCUCCAGCGCCGCUCCCAUAGUGACCAGGCCAAACCAGACAAAGUCGCUCCCACAGCGUUUCUCGAUGGCAUGCGCGGACUUGCGGCCUUCGUGGUCUUCAUCUGUCAUCUCACGUAUGGCACUUUUGAUAUCGCUCAUGCGUGGGGCGCCACUCCGGACCCCGAACAUCAACCAACAUCCAUGUUCGGGGAAUAUCUGCGCCUACCCAUCGUCCGCCUUCUCUACUCUGGGCCUCCAAUGGUCGCCAUCUUCUUCGUCAUUUCUGGCUAUGCACUUAGCUACAAGCCGUUGAAGCUGAUGCGGUCGCGGCAACAAGAACAGUUGAUGACGACAAUGAGUUCGUCUAUUUUCCGACGGGGGUUGCGACUGUUCUUACCUUGCUUCGCUUCGACCUUCAUCGUCAUCUGUCUUGCCCAACUCAACCUAUACAAAAUCACCGAGGGUUUUGCCAACCAGAUGCGCAAUAUUCACGAGAGCCACUGUUACACUCAACCGAACCCUUGGAUGCAAUUCACCGAUUACCUAGUGCAGAUACUCAUCUUCGUGGAUGUCUUCAACUGGAACAUUUUUGCCGGAUCCAUAGAGCUUGAUCGGCACCUGUGGACCAUUCCCGUCGAGUUUCGAUGCAGCAUGGCCUUGUUCUUGACGCAUAUGAUGGUCGCGAGGAUGUCUUCCCGGCUGAGACUCUCGACUCUUGUGGUGCUGAUUAUCUGGGGCACCUCUUGGGACAGAUGGGAAUUGUGUCCUUUUUGGGCUGGGGCGGUGAUUGCCGAGCUGGACAUCAUUUGGACCUCUAAAGCGUCUGAGCUCCCAUUAGUCGCAAAGAGUCAACCUUACAAACCAAGAUUGUCAUCCAAGAUCCUGUACUGGUCGACCUUCUGCAUUUCGCUUUACCUGCUAUCCUUCCCCGACAUCGACGCCCACGCCACACCGGGAUACCUCACGCUAACCAAGCUCAUCCCCGCGAGCUUCACACAAAAGCAUCGCUUCUGGCCGAAUGUCGGCGCUGUGAUGAUCGUCUGGUCGUCAUCGCGCCUGGGCUUUUGGCGGAACAAGGCCUUCUGUUGGGGCCCGGUUCAGUAUCUAGGGAAGAUCAGUUUUCCUCUGUACGUCAUGCACGGCCCUGUCAUCCACACAUUGGGCUACUUGAUUCUCCCACGAACACCCGAGGUGGAAACGCCAGAGAUAAUGAGACAGUUCCAGCUCGAGUUCCUGAAGCCGUCGAUCGUGAUUGUCCUGGCCGUCAUCUGGGCUGCAGAUGUCUUCCUCAGAGUCGUCGAUAUCCCCUGUGUCAAUUUUACCAGAAGACUCGAGAAAGCGUUCUUUGGCGGAUGA